CGUCAGUCAGGACGUGCAUGUCAAAAUUGAAAGGCACGUUCUGGCGAUACUUCCCUACACACAGUCAAUCGGAUUCGGCUACCAUGAGAUCUAUGUGGCGAUGACUCUGGCGAAUGAAACUCUAUCGAAGAGAAAUCUAACGAAACAUUUUAAAUUCCACUUUCGAUUUGCCGAUUCCAAAUGCAAUCACAAGGACGCCGCCAUGGCAUUGAUCAAUCAUUACAAUGACAAGCAGGUCAACGUGGUCAUCGGUCCGUUCUGCGACUACAGCCUCUCGCCGCUCUGUAGGCUCGCUCCUUACUGGAAAAUACCCGUCAUCUCCCCCGGGGGGUUCAGUCACACCUUCAAGGAUCAGAGAAGUGUGAAUUUCAUGACCUUGACCAGAAUUGGGGGCACGCUCGACCCAAUGAUCCGUUUGUUCUUCACGUUCAUGAAAAUGUCCAGCUGGACAAAGUUCACCCUGAUCUACGACCCCCUGGUCGACUUCAAACUGUGUUACCUUAGGGCUAACGCCAUAUCCGCCUACGCGAAGCAC